AUGCGAGGUAUUCAAGUAGCGAGUUACGUCAAGGCUGCCCAUGAGCUCAAGGUGACGGAGCUGGCGGACCCCAAGCCGGCCCCGGAUGACUAUCUCAUCGAGGUCCACGCAGCAGCAACAAACUUCUUUGAUAUCCUGCAAAUCCAAGGCAAAUAUCAGCACCAGCCGCCCUUCCCCUGGGUUUCUGGCGCCGAGUUCGCGGGCAUCGUGCUGGCCACGCCCGCCAACUCCAAGAACCCCAAGUUCCCCGUCGGCUCCAGAGUCUUCGGAGCCACCCAGGGGGCAUAUGCCACCAAAUGUGUGGCCAAGGAAGUCAGCAUGCUGGCUGUCCCCGAGGGCUGGAGCUACAAGGAGGCGGCGGGACUGUUUGUGACGGCCCCCACAAGUUACGGUGCGCUGGUUGUCCGUGCCGGAGUCAAAGCAGGCGACUAUGUGCUCGUCCAUGCUGCGGCUGGAGGCGUUGGGCUUGCAGCUGUUCAAAUCGCAAAGGCUUUUGGUGCGACUGUCAUCGCCACAGCAGGCACCGAACGUAAGCUCCAAGUAGCCAAGGCGUUCGGCGCAGAUCACGUCGUCGACUACCGAGACCCAAAGUGGCCCGAAUUGGUCAAGAAAUUGACGCCCAAGGGCAGGGGUGUCGACAUCGUCUACGACCCCGUGGGCAUGGUCGACAAGAGCACAAAGUGCACCUCCUGGAAUGGUCGUAUCCUAAUUGUCGGGUUCGCCGCGGGCACCAUCGAGAAGGUGGCCAUGAACAAGGUGCUCCUGAAGAACAUCAGCCUUGUGGGCAUUCACUGGGGGCAGUAUGCCGUCCACGAGAAGGAGACGGUGGUGACGGUGUGGCAGGGGAUCAUGAAGUUGAUCGCCAAGGGCAAGUUCAGGGGCACCGAGUUUACGGACAAGGACGCCAGUGGACUCUCCGUAGCUGCUGCCGCAACGCUCUCCCAGAAGAGCACCCCCUACUACCAGAGCGAGAUCCACACCAUCGGCAAGCGGAGGAUGCACAGCAAGGUCGUUAUCAUCGGCUCUGGGCCGGCCGCCCACACCGCCGCCAUCUACCUGGCCCGCGCCGAGCUGAAGCCCGUCCUGUACGAGGGCUUCAUGGCCAACGGCGUGGCGGCGGGCGGCCAGCUGACGACAACGACCGAAGUCGAGAACUUCCCGGGGUUCCCCGAGGCCGUGACGGGCCAGGAGCUGAUGGACAAGAUGCGGGCGCAGUCGGAGCGGUUCGGCACCGUCAUCGUGAGCGAGACGGUCGGCAAGCUGGACCUGUCGAAGCGGCCGUUUGAGUACUCGACCGAGUGGAGCCCGGACACCGUCAUGACCGCCGACGCCGUGAUCCUCGCCACGGGCGCGUCCGCCCGCCGGCUGGGCCUGCCCGGCGAGGACAAGUACUGGCAGAACGGCAUCUCGGCCUGCGCCGUGUGUGACGGCGCGGUGCCCAUCUUCCGCAACAAGCCUCUUGUCGUCAUCGGCGGCGGCGACUCGGCCGCCGAGGAGGCCAUCUUCCUGACCAAGUACGGCAGUCACGUCACCGUGCUGGUGCGCCGCGACAAGCUGCGCGCCAGCAGCAUCAUGGCCCGCCGCCUGCUGGCCAACAAGAAGGUCACGGGGUUGUUUGCGGCGGGGGAUGUCCAGGAUAAGAGGUAUCGGCAGGCGAUCACCAGCGCGGGCACCGGUUGCAUGGCGGCGUUGGACGCGGAGAAGUACCUGGAGGAGCUCGAGGAUGAGCAGGCGGAUGGGAAACUAUAG